AUGUCUUCAACCCAAACCCCCAUCCGCGUCGGCGUCCUAUACGAGGGAACGCAAAUGACAGACCUCGCCGGCCUCGACCUCCUCGGCAACCUCACACCCCAAACCAUCAACCUGAUCAUAGCCAUGAACCCACAGUUCGUGUCCAUGGCACCCCAUGCCAUCCCCAUGACCUUCCUCUACAUAUCAUCUACCAUGGACCCUGCCCACGUAACCCCAGACAUGUACGUGCGACCCACGCACACCUACGCAAACGCCCCGCGUGACCUCGAUAUCCUGCUUCUCGGCGGCCCGAACCCCGCUACUGUCCACGAAGAGAGUCUGGUAUUUUUGAAAGAGGCGAGUAAGCAGACGAAAGUCAUCCUUACCACGUGCACGGGUGGCAUGUGGUUGGCGAGGAGUGGGGUGUUGGAGGGGAGGAAGGCUACGACGAAUAGGGUCAUGUUGGGGAUGGCGAAGAAGAUGUUUCCUGGGACAGAGUGGGUGGAUCGUAGGUGGGUUAUUGAUGAGGGGUGGUUUGAUGGCGCGGAGAUCUGGACGGCGGGGGGUGCCGGGUGUGGUAUCGACAUGUUCAUUGAGUAUACGUACCAGAACUUUGACAAGAAGAUGGUGGAGUUUGGAUGUGUGGGGUUGGAUUUCGACUUUGAAGGGCGUAGCGAGUUUUACAAGGGAGCGCUGCCUGAUAUGACCAUGGCCUAA